UGUAAUUGAAAAAAAUAUUAAAGCUGUAAUUAGAAAUUAUAUACUUCUAAAAAACACCCAGGUGGUCUUUCUUUCGAGAGAUUUCGAGAAGAGACGCCAGAAGAAGUUAGUGGGGCACCACAAUAGUAGGAACAGCCGCCACUUUUGGUUCACACUUCCUUAGUUUCGAGAGGAGGAAGUCGAAGGAAAGCACAUAGAAUCAACCAUGAGGAAGGCUCUUACAAACAGUGUUUCUUGGUGGCGACUUCUUAGACAUCCACCUAUUAGUUCUCUUUCUUCUCCUUGCUCAUCUUAUCGGUCUCUUCCUACGACUGCAACAAUCCUAGAAAAAUACUUAAAUUUCUCGCGUGGAAUUCAGACGCAUUCACAUUCAUCUUAUCAAGAAACAAAACCGACAGAAACUGCUGCAGAAUGUUGCUCGGAGUCCACUGCCGACAAAACUCUAACACCAUCCAACUUACAAGCCGAUGUACAAACUGCAGACAGCAGCAAGAUGAGCAACUUGAAAAUAUCAGAACGUCAUAAUCUUGCCAUAGUUUUUACAUGCAAAGUUUGUGAACAAAGAUCAAUGAAGACAUGCAGCCGUGAGUCAUAUGAGAAAGGUGUAGUAGUUGUACGUUGUGGUGGAUGUAAUAAUCUCCAUCUCAUUGCUGAUAGACUUGGAUGGUUUGGAGAACCUGGAAGCAUCGAGGACUUUAUUGCGGCUCGUGGAGAUUUGUUGAAAAAGGGUUCUAUUGAUACCUUAAAUUUGACGCUUGAAGACUUGGCCGGGAAGAAGCUGUUGGAAGACAUUACUACCUAAUAUCAUUGAUAGCCAGCAACUUAGUUCCUCUGAAUAGAUAGAUAGUUAUGGUGGUUUGACGUCUUGGACCUUGUUUGUGUUGUACACUUGUACUCCUAACCUUAUUUUCGAACAAUACCUAUUGUAAGUUGGUGCAUUUCAUUUUUGGACGAUGGCAUUUACAUAUAGUUGAAAUGUUAGCCUUUGGUAGUC